CUUAAUUCACUGUCCAACAACUCACUCCAUUGUCCAACAAAUCUCCACUUACUAUAAAGUUCUUUACAGCCACCACCCCGAGUCUAAGUUAGGUAGGGCACCCUCCUCAGGUAGGUCUCCUUGUAAUCUCCGCCUAUUAACUUCCUUCUAGCCAGGCCUCACCAAUCAAUCUCUCCUUUGGAUUCCCUUGCUUGACAGUGAUUGAUCAUCCACAAAAUGUCCCUAAUUGCUCUGGCGCAGGUGGAAACAUGUCAACCGUGAGACUUCCCACAACAUGCAUGAUCAGAAGUGCACCACCGAGAAAAGUUCCAAGCCCAAGCAAGUCGUGUGCAUUGAUCAAGAGCCCAGGUGCUUUGGGUUCUGUAAGGAAUGUAUCUAAAGCAUUUGGCUUGAAGUCUUCCUCCUUCAAAGUAUCUGCAAUGGCAGUUUACAAAGUGAAACUAAUUGCACCAGAUGGAUGCGAGCACGAAUUUGAUGCCCCUGGUGAUACUUACAUCCUUGACUCAGCUGAAAAUGCAGGAGUGGAGCUCCCAUACUCAUGCAGAGCCGGAGCCUGCUCUACUUGUGCUGGUAUGAUGGUUUCAGGGUCCGUGGACCAAUCAGAUGGUUCAUUCCUUGAUGAGAAACAGAUGGAGAAGGGAUACGUCCUUACAUGUGUCUCAUAUCCAACUUCGGACUGUGUGAUUCACACACACAAGGAGGAAGAUCUGUAUUGAGCAGCAUACCUAGCAUGCUUGUUGCGCUUGUGCUGCUAUCUCAAUAAUGCAGGAACCUGCAUUUAUAGCAUGCCGGUAGAGCACUUGAUUAUCAGACAUUCGUAUAACCUGGUUUAUCGUUUGUGGUGUUAAUUUUCGAACAUCCUUCAGUCUCCAGUACCUUGAAAGCUUUCAUUUCAGUGAUCAACUUGUACUUCAUGUGAAUUGAUUUUGUGUUUUCAUGCGGGUAGUUAUCAGGGGACAUCAAUUUGAGCCAGGGAACCCGCAUGAUGCCUGAUUUGUUAUUCAGGCUCGGGUCAUGGGUUGCCGGGUAUCAUAACAUGUA